UGCCAGAACUGUUCAUUUUCUCUUUCAAUACUUUUAGGGCAACGAAGUAAAUGCUGUAUCACUCUUUUUCUGAGGAGGAAAAGUAGGUCUGGAAGGGGCAAAACACUUGCUCAAGAUCAAAGGGGCCAGCAAGCAGCAACGUAGUGGGGCACGGGCCAGAGUUAAGGGUCACCGCACCCUCCCACUUCCUUUCUGGGACCCAGGGGUGUGAGGCGUGUGUGCUUUGUUCCUCUCCUGCACUCGUGCAGCACUGGCCCUGCCUCUCUGUCUGCUCUCUGCCUUGCAGGGUUGCCAUCUAAACCCGGAUCCCAGCUCCCACCAGCGCUUCUGGGGACGAAUUCCCCGAUUGUGGUGACUCAGAAGCUGAGCCAGACCAAGCGAGACCCUAUGACCUGGUUUGUGACGCCUGAGACCUCUUCUAGGCACACUUGGGUUGCCAUCAGCAUCUUACAGACUGUUUAGAACCUAAGAAAUGACCUCAGGGUGUGGAUGGGGUGACCAUCGCUGACACCCUUUUCUAACAAAUCUGGGGCAGAAACCGGCUGGACAGAUCUGUCAUCGCCUUAGCGGGGACAAGAACAGGAUCUUCCUUCUCUGUGCAGAACUCUAAAGAGGUAGAUCCAUCCCUGUGCCUUGUAUACACCGUGUGAGGACACAAGAGGGAGGUGUGUUAACGUUAGGGGUCUUCAGAGAAGGGGCAUGGGUAGUUCCCUCGUAAGCAGCAGAAUGAACAGUGUCAUUGCACUCAUUUUACGAAGUGGUGGCCUCUGCGCCUGCGCACCAGGUGGGGCGUUGGGGGAGUGGUUUGGUCGCACAGUCUGGGGCGCUGGGGUGCGCCUGCGCACAACUUGACUUCCUGCGCUUUUUGUGAGGUCCGCCAUAGCUUCUGGGCAGUCUCCUCGACCGUUGACCGAGGCUGACCGUUGACUGAGGCGACAGAAUCUGAGGGUAAAAGUAGCGUAUGGGGUUGGUAGGAGAGCCAAGAAAGGAAAGACUAUGCUGUCGCUAGUUCCCAAACUGCCCCAUUCCCUGGGUGAGGAGAGAAUGUUGUAAGAGAGCAUGAGCCCCAACUGGAACCCCCAACUCUCCAAAAGUGGGCAAAAUAGCCCCUCUAGGCCUCUCUCUGAAGAAGUUGUGUUUGGGGGCGCUGUGUGUGUGUGUGUGUGUGUGUGCACACGUGCGAGUGCUUGGAUUUGUAAACUGAGCAAACUUGGCUUAUUGAUGUCGCCAGCCACACUGAUGCCAUUUGUUGAUGCCAUUCGGGCCCAGAAGCAAGGGUGGGGGCAACUCAGACAGUGGUGCAGGGGGUGGAUGUUGAACUUUCCUGUGUUUAUUUUAUUUGCACGAUACACAGAAACUUAGUAGCCCUUGUAAGCACCCUCUGGGUUUAGGAUGUGAGUUGCAUUGGUAUUUCAAAGUGCGGAGAGAAAGUAUGAACCUCUGUUUUGGUUCCUAGAAUGGCACGAAGAGUAUUUUCUAACGGGCCUACUAGAUGCAGCUUCAAGCACAAGAUAUGAGACCAAGCAGAGGCAGUCGCGGCCCUGUGUUUUCCAAGUCGUAUUUCUAUCAAAGAUAUUUGGAAAUCAGUAUUUACCUCAGUAUGAUUUGCAUUGUUACUUAGGUGUAUUCACGUGUGUUGUAAAAGAAAAAAACACAGGAAAACUUGUUUCACUUGUUGAAGUUGUAGACACUGAGUGGAGACAUCGUUUCAGUUAUUGUGGGUGUUAGGCGAGGCCGUGGUCUUUGGCAUUGCACGACCCAGAGAUCUCAGACUGAGGGCCCGAACGGACGACGCGCACAGUGUCUAUAAGGGGGAGGCCGCGUGCUCUCGCAUGCUAGUCAGCGGUGGGCACGUCACCUCCCAGCCUUCCGAGCAUGCGCGUUUGCCAGUGCUGUGGUGCUUGGCCCUCUGCCUCCGCCUGGGUGGGAGCUGUUCUCCGCGGGGGUCGUUAGUUCCGAGACCGAUUACGUAGACUGUGUGAACUUCCUGCAUGUUCAGGAGGCAGGGUCUUAGCCACCCCAGUCUUAAGCUUGUUUUGAACAGAGCUGACAGACAGUUUAUGUUGUUAGUUCUUAAUCAGAAGCAAGAGACUCUGUACAGUGUUCACAUGAUCGCAUCUGAAACUGUAGUUUUAAAUCUUGAUUUCAGUAAUUACUAGGCUCAGAAUUUGACCUUGUUGAGAGAAUAUGAGCUACAAAUUUCUUUCUCUGAAGGUGUAGUCAAGUGACUUCUUGUUGUAAAUUUGGAGUGUUACAGAAAAAGUUAUAGACUCUGAUUUUGAAGGAAAUGAAGAGAAACCUAAAUGAAAGUUCAACUCGAAGUACAGCAGGCUGUUUGCCUGUACCAUUGUUCAAUCAGAAAAAGAGGACUAGACAGCCAUUAACUUCCAAUCCACUUAAAAAUGAUCCAGGUAUCAGUACUACUUCCGACAGUUAUGAUUUCCCUUCUCUACCAACAGAUUGGGCCUGGGAAGCAGUGAAUCCAGAGUUGCCUCCUUCAACGACAACAAUGAACACAGGGCAAAUACCAUAUUCUGUUUCUCAUCCUCUGAGAAGUCAAGAUUCUGUGUUUAAGUCUACUCAGUCGAAUACUGAGGGGAACAAGAAUGGUUGGAGCUACAAAGGUGGCAACAAAAAUACCAGCUUGAAAACCUGGGAUAGAAAUGAUUUUAGGCCUCAAUGCAAAAGAACCAACCUAUUGGCAAAUGAUGGAAUAAAUUCUCGUCCAAUGAAUUUGGAAGUGCAACAGCAGAAACAAUUAAGAGUAUCUCAACCUCCUAACUUAUCUCACCAAAGACAAAGUGAAGUACUCAAACAAAUACAUUCCUCAAAAACAUCUGGCUCCACAAUGAGAAGUCUAGACAAAGACAGUGCAUCACAGUCUUUUAUGUCCAUUUUCCAACAAAAUCAAUUUAAGAAAAAAAAGUUAGAUGAUAUUCCAGAAGAAACCUCUCUCAAGAGUGCCUCAUUCUACCACUUAAAGUUUAAGGAAAAAGAGAAUUCUUUAAGAAUUAUAUCUGCAGUUAUUGAAAGCAUGAAGUACUGGCGUGAACAUGCUCCCCAAACUGUACUCCUUUUUGAAAUACUGGCUGUUCUCGAUUCAGCUGUUACACCUGGACCAUAUUAUUCUAAAACUUUUCUUAUGAGGGAUGGGAAAAAUACUCUGCCUUGUAUAUUUUAUGAAAUAGAUCGUGAACUUCCAAGACUGAUUAGAGGCCGAGUUUAUAGGUGUGUUGGAAACUAUGACCAGAAAAAGAAUAUUUUCAAAUGUGUUUCUGUUAGAUCGGCAUCUGUUUCUGAACAAAAAACUUUCCAAGCAUUUGUCAAAAUUGUAGAUACUGAGAUGAAGUAUUAUACCAAUGUAAUGAAUGAAAUGUAAAUAGUGAUAAGUUUAAACACUAUAACUUAAAGCACUUUUUCUGUUAUUGUUUAAAUUACUAUCUCCAUGGUUUUAUAGCUGUUGCUUUUCUGUAAUUCACUUGUUUUAAUUAAAAUAUUUAAAUUAUUUUCAGUGUGUGAAGAAUUUUUGAAAAAUAAUUUUACUGUCUUUAUAAAAAUGGUACAUUUGCUAAAAUUCAACCAUUUCAAAUAAAAAUGCUCAAUGUAAUGGAAAUAGACCCUUAUUUAACAUGAGAUAAUAAUUUGAGUCAGCCCAAAGGCCAACAUCAAGCUUAAUGGGGAAAUAUAGAGACAUUUCCACUAAAGUCAGGAACAAGCAGACAAGGUGACCACUAUUAGUACUAUUACUAAGCACUGUCCUGGAACUGCUAGUCAAUGCAGUUCAUUUAAUUACUUCAAAUAUUUAGU